AUGUCUGCAACCGCGUCAGCCCCAGUAACUGGCGACCUGCCGACAAGGAGUGGUACCGUCAUGACCAAGAGCUCCACUCUGAGCGACGAGGAUGCGGUGCCGGCUGAGGACACCUCCGAGGUGACCAAGCUCUUCUCAGAGCGUCUGCAAGCAUGGAAGCAUGCUUGCGGCUACCUUGAAGACUACAUCAAGGCGACUGAGAAAAUGCACCAUUCUCAUGGCAAAGAGUACGAAAAGGUGCUCAAGACUGUGUCGAAUCCUUUGAAGGAGGGUCACCAUUUCGAUCAAAACCUUGGUGGCGUGGCGGGGAUGUUUGAGAGCAUUCGCUCUAACACUACUGGCAUCGCGAAUGCCAACUUCGAAACAGAGAAGGUGCUCAAGGGUACCGUUUUACCCAUUUUCGAGCGUCUGCACGCCGAGAUCAAGAACAAGACAAAGGAGCUGACAAAGGGCGCUGGAAAGGGUGCAAAGUCGGUGGAUAAGGCACGUAACGUUACGCAAAAGCACAUCGAACUGCUCGGACAGCAGGCCGCCGCUUUUGAUUCCACGGGAGGCAAGGUUCACGCUCACGAGGACCCAUAUCUUCUGCACAGGGGCGUGAGGCACAGGCUCAACAAGCAAAUCAUUGAGGAGAACAACAACAGACAGGAUAUGAUACAGGUGCAGAACAGUUUCGCGCAAUUUGAGGCACAUGUUCUACAAACCAUCCAGCAUGGAAUGGGACAGUUCAACCAGGUUGUUGCAAAACAGAUGGAUCAGACCAAGAUUAUGUAUGGGGACAUGACCAGCACGGCGCAGCAAAUCCCUGCCGACUUCGAGUGGAACGGUUUUGUCCACCGAAACAGCGAUAUCUUGAUCGACCCACAAGCGCCACCCCGCUCCCUUGCUACGGUAUCCUUCCCCAACCAGGAUCAUCCCUCGACCCAACCUCUUAUAGCCGGUUCCCUUGAGCGCAAGAGCAAACUUACGCGAAGCUACAAGGCUGCGUACUACGUUGUUACUCCCUCGAAAUAUCUGCACGAGUUCGAGACAGAUGACGAUCUGGCUAAGGAUCCAACUCCAGAAAACUCGCUCUACCUUCCAGAUUGUGUAGUUGGUGCUCUUGAUGGUGCCAAGUUCGCCAUCAAGGGUAAGGACGUGUCUAAGGGCAAGCUGGGUGUCAACAUAUCCACCACGCAUGAGUAUCAGCUGAAGGCACACACCCCAGCCGAUGCACAGACAUGGUACAACAUUAUUAGGGCAGCUGCUGGCCAGGUAACCACAGAAUUGCCUGAUGCAUCUGUGCCAACAUCGCCGGUCUCACCCAACGUGCAAACAUCCCAGGAUGCAAGUUUGAAUGCGGCGUUGGCCGAGCAGAAGCAUCAGCAGUCAGCAUUGACAACGGAAGGCAUCGCAACUACGGACAACGUUGCUGGAACUACUCCGGCGACGGCUGCACCGGCCGGUGCAACCACCACAGCCCCUGCGGCUGGUACAGUUCCUGUGGCCACUACAGUACCCGCCGGUACCGCGGUUUCCACUAGCACCGCAGUUCCUGCUACAACGACCACAGUUCCUGCGACUACCAAUGUCCCUACCACAACGGCUCCCACGACUGCUACAAUGCCAGAAAAGAUUUGA